AUGACGACCCCGAUACCCCCCAACCCCCCAAGAUGGGAGCCCACUACAGAUCCUUCAUCCAUCGAAAUCCCGGGGCUGGAUACGACGGCUUCAGUCAAUGACCAGCUUGACCAAAUCGACCAGCUUAUCACAAUCAAGCUGCAGAACAUCGAUGCCAACUUCUCGCGCAUACAGCAUCUCAUGUCCACGAGGCUUCUACCAGCGAUCAAGCGGUACGCAGUGAACACGGAGCCAGUGCGAGAGGCAGCCAACUUCUGGACAACUUUCUAUGAACAAGCAGCUCAAGUCCGGGUACCCAGAUACGACGAAGAGUACAGCUCGCAAGAGCAGGUGUCCGAGUCGACUGCAGAACCCGCAUCCGAGGAAGAGUUCUCAGAACAAGCCGAUGUCACCCCUACCAGAUCGCGCACCUACGAUCCCAAUGUCACCGCUUCAGAAAACUCGUUCAUGCCUGGAGAAGGCGCGGUGUCGUCUACACCCGCAACCAUGUCUCGCAACCGCAUGGUGUACUCGUCGGAGGAUUCCAUCAUUAGCGACACAACGGACGAGCAGCCCUCUUGGGCAGCUUCUCUGGAGUCCCCUCUUGUUCGAAUCGACAGGGAACUCCAAAACUUCUCAAAAGAAGAUGCAUCUCGUAUCCCCACGGCCUCCGCCGACACAUCGCAAGCUGACGACUCACUACAACCUAAUGAUACUUUCGAGGAGGAGAACACUAUUAACCAAUACCCGAGCAAAGGGAAGGGCAAGGAGCUGUCAUUGCUACAGGACGUGCUACGCCAGAAUGCUAAGGGUAGCGCUGCCCCGACUCCGCGAGCCGGCUCAACGAAAGUGUCUCCCUUACGGCUCAAACAGAAGACGCCCGUGGCGAAGGGCGUCAGCGCAUACACCGCACCCAAAUCCUCCGAAUGGACCUCCAUGGUCGCCUCACCGCGUCGGCAGCGCUAUGAGCGCUCUCCCCGGAAACAGGCCCCUGAGCCAUCCACCUCCGCUUCUACACUCGAGAUACCCUCCUUCACCUCUCCCCAAAAGCAGACUGGCGACCAUUUCGACUCCUCGUUCGACGACUCCGCCGACCUGAUGCCCCAGGUCUCUCCGCCCCGUACGAUGCAGUUCGCGCGGGCGCCGCGAUCUUCUAUGGGUCUGGGCAUCCUUCCGCAGAUCGGUCGGACGCCUGGCAAGGAAGCUGCUGAUCGGAUACGCAAGGACCUCCUCGGCGAAGUUUCGAGGCAGCAGGCGUUCGAGCCGAAGGAGUACAAGGCGAGCUUCACGGAUGAUACAACUAUGAGUUCGCUGCCCACCCCACCGUCGCUGGCUCGUUACCGCUCCAACUAUCUGUUUGGAGGUGACAGUGCCGCCGGAAGCUCGGGCGACGCCACGUUCGAGACGAUGAUGAAGAAGGCGGGACUCAACGUCCCGUUGUCCGCGCAAUCCUCGCUGUCCACGCAGCAGCGGUCUGCUAUCUCAGGCGGAUCGAGCUCAAGCGCCUCGCGCUUUGGUCUGGCGUCGAUCGCGGAGCCGGCCCAUCGGGCGCUCGAGCCGUACCCAGAAGAAGCAGUGUUCCAGCAACAACCACAAAGGGUUGACACCGACUCGGACUCGGACUCGGACUCGCUCGACGACGAUCCGACGCACCACCCGGGCCAACCGUCCUCCGCGUUCCUCAUGGCCUCCUCGCGGCCCGCGCGCGACUCGCUCGGCUCCGACGACUCCUUCGGCUCCUCGAACCACUCGCACGAUUCCCUGCUCGACGACGACGGCGACGGCGGGAACCAAGCCGUGCAUCCAUUUGCGCGCGCGGCUGCUGCUGCGGAGGGCGGGGCGCAGCACGGCGACGACGGGUUUGGGUUCGACGAUACGUUCGAUGACGACGACGAUGGCUUUGACGGACACCCGGAUGUGCCCGAGGAGGAGACGGUGUUUGGAAUUCCGCCGGCGCAGCGCCAGGUGAUGGCACAGCGCGGGCAGCUGAGGAUGCUGGGGGAGGAUUUGUUGCAGGACACGAUUGGGAUUGGGAAUCAGAAGGCGAGGGCGGGGCAUGUGGAGGAGAGUCCGACGCCUUGGCCGAGAGGGUAGUAAAUGCAAUGUGGGUAUGUACUGGGAUGUGGUGUUGUAAUGGGAAGGGCUGCUCAUGAAUGAUGACUUUCAGAAUGCUGGUAUAUCCUAUCCGUGGCUUUGCCUAAGUAUCGUGCGAAUCUUCAAGGUUGAACAGUUCUCGAAGCGUUUUUGUAACGUGUGCCACGUUGUCAUACACAACACCGUGGAAGCCGAGAGAAGACGCAGCGGCGACAUUCUCUGUCUUAUCGUCGAGAAAUACAGCUUGAGAAGGGACAAGUCUGGCUUCUGCAACAAUGUGAUCAUAGAAGCCUAUGUCUGGCUUGCAGAACCCGACUUUGGCCGAGAUGUAUAUGUCGUCGAAGAGGUCCCAUCCAUCAAACCUCGUGAGGAGGUCAUCAUAGUCGGAUUGAGGAAUGUUUGACAUGAGAAUAAUUCUCACGUCUAGACGACGGUUUUUGAGUUCGUGCAUCAGGCUGAGCAGUUCUUCGUUGAUUCGGAGAGACGACCUAGCUUGGUCGAAGAAGUUGACAAUAUCGAGCUGGGGGAUGUUGUGAUCCUGAGAGAUGAUCUGGUGAAAGUCCUUUUGGCUUAGUUUUCCGCAUUCGUGGUCGUGCCAUGCGGGCGAUGAGAAGAUCUUCCGGAGGACGUCUCGAGGGAUGCUACUUGAUGAUGGAGGCGUCCAUGAGAAGAGGACGUCUCCGAUGUCGCAAACGAGGGCGCCGUACUGAAGGUUGGCGGACAUGGCGAGGUAAAAGAGGCCUAGGACUCGAGAGUUAUAAUAAAUGAGGUGAUGUGUUAUGCUCAAUAUGACGGUGGCUUGAUUCUG